UAACAUUUGACAACGAUAAUGCGGCCGCAUUUCAUAUUUUUUUAACCACUUUGGACAGUCAUGUGAAAACGUUUCCAUUUCCGUCUUGUGAGAAAAAUCAAUUUACUCGUAUUUUCUUCACGAAACUCGUAAUUCUUUCCAGGUCUUUUUUAACAUUAGACCUCACAAAUCAUCUUAAAUCAACUAAAAACUUUACAUUUUGUCCUUUUGGCAACAUAUUCAAUAGAAAAAAAAACAUUGUUAUGGGACCACGUGUUUUAUGCCACACUACAAAAAUGUGCAGCAUUUUUCUGGGAGCAGUUUUUUUCUGCUUCUGUUACCAUAUUUAUCCAAAAGCGGGUAUUUUUGAGGUUCGUGAUUCUAAAGAUUAUCUCAAACAUGAAUGGCGGGUAGGAAAGUCGACGAAUGGCGAAUCGUUCAACCGAAGUCUUCAUGGAGAGCUGGAUAAUUUUCUCAACUCCGUGCCAACGUUCGUGGACAAGCACUUUCAGCCUUUCUUGGACGCGUUUCAACAUGUUCAGAAAUACCGACGACGUACCAAUUUUCGUUCUGGGCCAUUACCAAAAGUUUUUGUUGUUUCUGCACGUCCUUUGUCGGAUCCCUUUUGGAUCGAAUCUUUGAAACAUUUCACCGACAGUGAAUGUCCAUUGCAAUGCACUUUUACAGACAACCAACUUGAGCUAAAUGGAAGCGAUGCAGUUUUGGUCGUAUUAAGUUUCUUCAGAAGCGUGAAUGUUUUGAAAUCAAGACUACCUACCAGAGAUCCAGCUCAGCCUUGGAUUGCGCUCUCAGUUGAAUCACCAAUUAAUUUAUCAUUUAAUACGACUGAUCUAUCUGGGUUAAAUAACAUUUUCAACCGCACCAUGACCUACCGGCAGGAUUCUGAUAUAACCUUCUCACACGGUUUCGUUGUCUCAGAAGCUAAUGCUAAGUUUCUCCCUCCGUCGUGGGUGAUGCGAACUCCUGAACUAGAAGAAAUUCCAUUUGAAAGAAGAAAGCUAGCAGUGGCGUUCAUUUCGCAUUGCUCAACGCCAAGCGGUAGAAUGAAUUAUAUCCGAGAGUUACAGCUGCAAAUGGAAGUUGAUAUCUAUGGAAAAUGUGGUAACUUUACUUGCGGUUCUUCCAGAUUUGUGCGUCAGCCGGUGGAAGUUCAAAAUGACAAGUGUCUUAAGUUGGCCAGAGAAUACUUGUUUUACUUAAGUUUCGAAAAUAGUAUUUGUGAUGAUUACGUUACUGAAAAGCUUUACAAUAUCUUGUACUAUCCUGUGGUACCUGUUGUUUUCGGAGGUGCAAAUUACUCGAAUUUAUUGCCGCAAAGUUCAUUUAUAAAUGCAUUAAAUUAUAACCCAAAGCAGCUUGCAUCACUUUUGAAAACAUUAUCCCAAAAUGAGACAAGCUAUAAUGAAAUGCUGUCAUGGCGCAAUCAUUAUCGAGUUUCAACGGUGGGACCGCGUCGUAUAUAUUGCGAUCUCUGCAUUAAACUGCAUCAGUCGGAACUAACAUCACAUAAAGUUUACGAUGACUUAUACGACUGGUUCGCCGUACAGUCGCAGUGCAAGGCAUAUGCUCAUAGGAAAAUUAUCCGUCACAUCAGCAUCUGAAAAAUCCGUGAUGAACCCCCUAUAAAGUAGGAACUAUACUAUGCGUGCUAGAUAUGGACUGCGACUUGAGUAAAUGGUGCAGUGGGCUUAUCAAGUUUUACUUACGAAACAAUUGCAGCAAAAACUUUGAAUUCGUGGUUUUUUAUUCUGUAACGUUUGUUUUUUUCUGCAACGUCUGUUUGGUCUGGAACUUUGUCUUUUAGUGUUGAUUGCGUCGUUAUUAACCUAAUAAAAUUCAGGGUGCGCCUAAGCACCCUGCAUUUCAUUUAAUUCAGGGUGCUUAGAAUG